UUACCACGCCAUACUUUUUGACUCUUACUUUAGUAGAUUGGUGAAGCAACACUACUCCACUAGACUGAAUGAUUCUUAUUCUGUAUUCUACAUAUUGCCUUGAUUUUUGCCAGAGAUGGCGACAGUGGAAGUGAGACGUCAGCCAGUUCAAAGAGGUUCGGAUAGGUUGGCUCCUCCAGUAGUAAAGAGAAUCUUCUGCGAUUGCGUGACCUCCACGACUCCCCAUGCACUUUUUCAUGCCAUAGGCCACAGGUGUCAAACCCAUUCCAGAAAGGGCCAAGUGGGUGCUGGAUUUUGUUCCAACCGAUAACGCGCAGAGAGUUUAACCAAUCAACUUCCUUCUGAAACAAGCAGCACCUGACAAACUUGAACUGAUGACACAUGUAAAAGAUCUAAUCGGUGAAAAGGUGUCCUCUUCACUGGUUGGAAAACAAACCUGCAGCCACUUGGCCCUUUCUGGAAUCGCUUUAACACCUGUGCCAUAGGCCAUCAUAAAAAACCAAAUAAAGUGGACAAUAAGUCAAGUAUAGCUUAAUUGCCGAUUUCUAAUAAAUAGUUACUACUAUGUGACAAAGUAAAGGAAUGGCUAUAGACCUGUAUCAAUCAGGAACUUCAUUCUCGUGCUUGGUCCGAUAAUGGCCGAACAUUGAGGAGGUGCUCUUGUUCGACAGUUCGGAAGAAGAACAUUUCACCUGCAAAAAAAUGCGAAUAAUAAACAAAUAAUCAUAAGAGUUACCUUGACAUUUGAAUUUGAAUGGAACAUGUCGAGUUGAAAUUCUGAGACAAACUGGGUGAAGAUUGAAAUAAAUACCUUAUUCUCCGAUGAGAUCAAAAUAGGCAUGCGGACAAUUAGCCUUUUUCCUGCGUUUGGUCCAUUUUUCACGGCACGAAUUAAGAAGGAACCGUGAGAUGUUUCCGCAGCUCCGUCGCGUUGACAGAUGCACAGUUUGCGGUGCAGCGUCUUUGCAGGGUCGACGCGGUUCGUGCGUCGGUCACGUGAUUUUCUCCAAGCGGUACGCGCACCGAUGCGGGCGGGCAUUGCUCCGUCAGCUUGCUUGACGCAUUGGUGUUACGAGACCCAUCACUUCAUUUAGUAGUCAGGCUUUGAUCAGAUCUGUGUGAGAAACGGUUUUGUUGGAAAAACAAUAACACACACGAAAAAAAGUGAUUUUCUAUCGUCGACGCUCAAGAGGAAGUGACGUCGGUCCGCACAUGCGCGGUAUAACCAUCGGGUUGUCACGGGCAGGUAGCUACGUUGCCAAGUUGUUUGGGGGGAGAUUUCCGAGUGGCAAACUCGGCAAGUCGAAACAAGCGGCGAGGCAAGGCCAGAUGGAUUCGCCGCCAGUGGAGCUCGACGGAAGCGUCAUGGAGGGAGGCGGGCAGAUCCUGCGCGUGGCGGCGGCGCUGAGUUGCAUCAGCGGUUCGUCCGUCACCAUCUCCAAAGUCCGAGCCGGCAGGAGCACGCCGGGUCUCAGGCCUCAGCACCUGACCGGCCUUCAGCUGCUCCGCGAGAUGUGCGCCGGUGUCCUGCAGGGCGGCGCCGUCGGCUCCGCCGAUAUCCGCCUGACGCCCUCCAAGAUCGCGGCCGGAAACUACACGGCGGACACGCGCACGGCAGGGAGCGUGUGCCUUCUAUUGCAGGCGGCGCUGCCAUGCGCUCUCUACGCCGACGGCGUCUCCAACCUGUGCCUCCGAGGAGGGACCGAUGCCGAGAUGGCGCCGCAAAUAGACUACACGAUCAAGGUCUUCAAACCCGUCGUGGAAAAGUUCGGAGUCCAUUUUGACUGCGACGUCACCGUGAGGGGUUUUUACCCAAAGGGUGGCGGUGAGGUUCGCGCCACAGUGCGUGCGCUCAAAGAAUUGCGGCCGGUCACCAUGCUGGACAGAGGAAUCAUCUGCAAGAUUCACGGCCGAGCGUACACUGCCGGGGUUUUGCCUUUCAAGCUGGCCAGAGACACGGCCGCCGCUGCCGCGCGGACCAUCCGGCGACAAAUCCGGGAGCUCGACGUCGACAUUCAAGCGGUGCGGGAGGACAAGGCCUUCGGAAAUGGAAACGGAAUCAUAGUCAUCGCCGAGUCGUCCACGGGAUGCUUGUUUGCGGGUUCUGCGCUGGGCAAGAGAGGGGCGUCCGCCGACAAAAUUGGCACGGAGGCGGCCGAGAUGCUGCUCGACAACAUCGGACACGGCGGCUGCGUGGACCAAUUCUUGCAGGACCAGCUGAUCAUAUUCAUGGCGCUGGCAAAGGGGACGUCUCGCAUCCGAACGGGGGCCGUCACCCUACACACUCGGACCGCCAUCCACGUGGCCCAGCAGAUGACGCAGGCAAAGUUCACGAUCACAAAGUGUGAGGACGAGCUGAACGUCAACUACAUCGUGGAAUGUGAGGGUUCGGGGGUCACCAACCCCAACCUAUAGACACCGCUCGGGUCUUUUUUUGUUUCAAUAAAGCAGACUUUACGGUCA